UGUGUGCGUGUGUGUGUGGAGGAGAAAUUACGAGACAGAGAGAGGGCCACUCUGUUGUGGAGGAGGACUAGGCGAUCGAAAACACAACAGAUUGGAUAUUUUGAUUUGAUCUGAGCGCUUUUGCAGGAGGCUGUGGAUCGCUUCUCUCUACCUUUGACUCAUUGUGAUUUUGGACCGGGCUGCUCCUCUUGUAUCUAUGGGCUCGGCAGGCGCAUCUUUCGCCUUCCGAUAGGACAUAACGGGCAGGGCUGCCUUCAAAUAAUUAUUUAUUUCGCUCUCUCCGCGCCGCAACGUUGGGAGAAACGUGAUCGAGAGGCAGCGAUAAGAGCGCGCUGAUCAUGGAUUAAUGCCCGAGUAGAUUUUCAUCUGAGAGGUUCCCAAUGUUGAACAUGUCCACCCCCAGCGAGCUGAAGUCUCCCUGCGUGACUCGCAACGGUAUGGUGAAGUUGCCCCCCAGCCAGCCCAACGGUCUGGGAAGUGCGAGUAUCACCAAGGGGACACCUGCUGCCAAGAACCGUCUGUGCCAGUCCUCCUCGGUACCCUCCAUCCUGCCUCCUCCACCGUCCUCCCUUCCCUACCACCACCACCACCACCUGGACGGCUCUGGCAUGCCCAACUCAGCAGCCUCUCUCCUCGGCUCUGACAUGGAGCCUGGAAAGCCUCUGAUGGGCUUGAAGCCAUCCCUUCGCCAGCUUCCCCCUCUCACUCUACCCAAACCCAUGCUGCUGGAACGCCAGCUCGUCCUGGAUGAGAAGCUGCUCAACCGAUUGCUCUGGUACUUCACCACAGCUGAAAAAUGUGUGCUGGCGCAGGUAUGCAAGACAUGGCGUAAGGUGCUGUACCAGCCCAAGUUCUGGGAGGGUGUGACACCCAUCCUGCAUGCUAAGGAGCUAUAUACCCUGCUGCCCAACGGGGAGAAGGAGUUUGUCAGUCUGCAGGCCUUCGCCUUGCGUGGAUUCCAGUCUUUCUGCUUAGUGGGCGUCUCAGACCUGGACAUUUGUGAGUUCAUCGACAACUACCCCCUGUCCAAGAAAGGUGUUCGCUCAGUCAGUCUCAAGAGGUCCACCAUCACAGAUGCUGGUUUGGAGGUCAUGUUGGAGCAAAUGCAAGGCCUGAUGCACCUUGAACUGUCAGGCUGUAACGACUUCACAGAGGCUGGCUUGUGGUCCAGUCUGAAUGCCCGGCUAACUUCCCUCAGCGUCAGUGACUGCAUCAAUGUGGCCGAUGACGCCAUCGCUGCUAUCUCACAGCUCCUACCCAACCUAUCAGAGUUGAGCCUGCAGGCCUACCACGUCACUGACACGGCCAUGGCUUAUUUCACAGCCAAACAGGGUUACACCACCCACACUCUGCGGCUUCACUCCUGCUGGGAGAUCACCAAUCAUGGUGUGGUCAACAUGGUGCACAGCCUUCCCAACCUGACUGCCCUCAGCCUCUCCGGCUGCUCCAAGAUCACUGACGAUGGUGUGGAGCUGGUUGCUGAGAACCUGCGUAAGCUCCGCAGCCUGGACUUGUCCUGGUGCCCUCGGAUCACUGACAUGGCCCUGGAGUACAUAGCCUGUGACCUGCAUAAACUGGAAGAACUGGUGCUGGACAGGUGUGUGCGGAUCACAGACACUGGGUUGGGCUACUUGUCCACCAUGUCAUCAUUAAGGAGCCUCUAUCUGCGCUGGUGCUGUCAGGUGCAAGAUUUUGGACUGCAGCAUUUGUUUGGAAUGAGGAGUCUUCGCCUGUUGUCUCUUGCAGGCUGCCCCCUGCUGACCACCACCGGUCUGUCAGGCCUCAUCCAGCUGCAGGAACUGGAGGAGCUGGAGCUGACCAAUUGCCCCGGAGCCACCGCAGAGCUCUUCAAAUAUUACUCCCAGCACCUGCCCCACUGCAUGGUCAUUGAGUAAGACCACUGACCCACCCCACUGACCGACCGACCGACCGCCAUACUUCUACCUUCCUCCUCCUUACUCGUCCUCACUCCUUUCUCAAAUGCUAACCGGGAGACUGAACUGCUCCUACCGUACCACCAUUCCUCAUUACCUCCUCUCCCCUCCCUUGCCCGUCUUCCUCCAUACCCCAUUGAGUAGACUGACCCACAGGCGGACAGAGAGGCAGGAAGGCAGAUGAUGGUACAUGCCAGACCCAGAGGAUAAUGGGAUGGCAUUCGAGCUUCAUUUCAGAAGAUGCCAGAGCGAGGAGCUUGGUGUGACGUCUUGUCUGACAGCAAGUUUCUUUUUCAGAAUCAACAAAAGGUUUGACGAAGGAGAGCUUCUCUAAAGACUAUGAUGAUUUUUUUUUAAGCUGAAUGGAUACUGAAGGGAGCGACGUGCACAUAUCCAGAUGAAGCGUAGAGGAAUUAGGAAAAGGGAAAUAAAGACUUUUGUGUUUGAGCUGAUACGGUGGAACUCACACAUGCGCUCAUACACUGUAAACACACUCACACACAUACUGUAUAUGGUAAGUGAAACAAAUGUAAGUCCUCAAGACCAUGAGUACUGACGUUUCUAUUUCCAUCACUCUGUGUAAUAUAACUGCUGUUAUUUUUUUUUCUUAGAGGGUAUCAAAGGUUCAGUUUCCUCUUGUUUAGAGAGAGACACCAUAUGCCAGCUGGAGAACUGGGAAUCAGAGAGGACUAAAGAUGCAGUUCAGGAAGCAGAUGACAGGGACGGAACUUCUCUCUCUCUCUCUCUCUUUUUCUCUCUCUUCCUCUGCGUGUGAAGUGUGCGUCAUGAACUCACAGGUUCCCGUCUUUUUGGGAUACCACCACCUUUUUCCAUUUCUGUGUCUUAUGAGAAAAACAAAAAAGGAGAAUAUUUGAAAAACAACAGUUUACAUUUUUUUGUUUUGGAGUUGAUUGGCUCAUUAUGUCACUCUUUUUCCCCUCUCUGCUUCAUUUUUUGUACACAUAUUUAAUUUACAGAUCUGGAGGAUAAGCUGUCGUAAACUGUGAAUGUUGUGUUUUUAAAGGGGAAAUGUGUUGCUGAGGCAGUGUAACAUGAACAAGCAGUAAGUCAAAUGGAAAGCAAAGCGUGCAGAAAGUAUCUGACUUUAAUGCUUGAGAGUGUCUGCUCAAAUAAUGAAUAGGAAAUAAUGAAUGAAAAAACAAGGAGACUGUGGGGCUUAAAGCAACAGUAACGACUUAGUAUUUCAGGACUCAAACUAACAAAUAACUUUGAUUUUAUUUUGAUUUGAUUGAGAUUUGCAAGCAGCUUUUCUGUUGGUGGGGUAGAUUUAUCCAAAUUGGGGGGAAAUCUGGUUUUGGAAUUCUUCCUCUCUUCUUUCCAUUUUUGAAAUGCAGAUAGAAACACAUGGUGUUAAGUGUUUGAGUUGUGUGGUUCUGAAGCUGCUAGUGCAUUGUGUGACCCCCUUUUCUAAGGAAGGUAAAAGGGGAGGCAUUUCAUUCAGUAUUUAAUAUUAGAGCGCCGUGUCCACUACAGGCCAGGGUCAGACAUAAACAGGAGCUAAGGGUAGGCUAAUGUGUCAGUUUUUGAAAGAUCAUUUAAUUUGUGGGAAUUUUACAAAUUUUCCCACAAACCCAGAGUCAGUGAACCUAAUAGAUUGCCUUUUUAUGUUUAUGUUUGAAGUUAGCCUAGCUUAGCUCAACAAGCUUAUGUCAAUAGGAUCAUAUAACAGCUCUUUUAACGCUGGGUUAACACUACAAGACAUUUUUGUCCGUUCAUACAGUCACUAUGUCAGACUAGGCGAUUGUGGAGUCAUAAAAUCUUGCCGUGACUUGGCCGACAGAAAUCCCAGACUACACGUUGGUCCACGCCCAAUCAUCGCUGGUCGUCUUUCGUCUUUUCAAAAUUACAAGAGGCUUUUAAUUUUGAACAGAUACUGGAAGUGUUGAGUUUGAAAUGACGGCGCAAUGCAUUAAUUUUACACAGGGCAAACGGGAACUGAUUAAAAAUGAAAAAAAAAAAUAGAAAAGGAGGAAAUAAUAAAUAACGGCCCAUUUCUAAUGUAGUCUAUCUCAAAUGAAGCUGGUAGCCUCUGCUGUUUUACGCUAUUAUUUUUCCGUUUCACUCUGUGUGGUAAUGUCCCUCGAGGAAAUAUCUAAAAGGCUGGGAUGUUGUUGUCGUCGUACAGUUGUCCACAGCAGCAGACCGUUUGUGUUUCUAUUGGUCAAAGUGACGGCUGUGACAGGACAAGUUGUGAAGGACAAAAAGAAAAUCAAACAUGCUAGACCUUCUGUCGGGACGGCAUGAGGUAUUUCAGACGUGGCAUCGGUCAUUGUCUACUAUGACACACCACACGAGAUGAAAUGGUGGAUUAUUACGUACAAAACUCAUUGUUCACAAUCAUUGGGCUAUAAUUGCGCUGAUAUAGUGUAAUGUGAACCCAACCUAAGCAGUUGGCCCUACAAUCGAUGGCUGGUCAAACAGUGCUAAAUGUUUGAAUUCUAACUGACAUUUCACGGCCGUCAUUGAAAUCAUAAUGUUUUUCAAAUCACUGCAAACUGAGAGGUGAGUGUAUAUGAAUCUUAAAACUGAAAAUUGCCUUUUAAAGGCAGACCAGCCUUUGGAAGUAAAUAAAAUGUGAGGAAAAACAAAAAAUAAGCUAAACAAUAAGCUGUCAUUUAGGAGUUUGCUUUUGUUGCUUUUAAAUCUGUUCACAUUAAACAUAAUUGGCAGAAAAAUAAGAUUGGCACUGUACAUUUCUGCAAACCACAGAUACAUUACAUUGAGUGUUGAAACUUUACAUUUCAACAAAGCUGUGGUUAACAUUUGGUUAAGUUUUGGCACAAAGGCACAGGGUUAAGUGUUAGGGGGUUAGGGUUUUUAGGAAAAGAAGUGAUGUACCAAUAUUCCCACUGGAAAAACCCCAUGUUUGGUGCCUAAAAAGCUGUUAUUUGUUCUCUCAUAGUGGUCUGCAGCUUGGCAGGCAUCUCACUGAGGUGUCACACCAUCCAAUGUUCCCUCCACCUCCCAAUGACAAAGCGCUCUCAUAUACUGCAUCAAUUUAGAAAUGCUGAUAUGAUACCUAUGAAAUUUACAAAUGUAAAGUAUUCAUUGUUUACUAAAAUGUACAACGUCAGCAUUUUCUUCUGCCAACUUGGCUGAAAUAUUUGUUUAUUGGCCAGAUGGGAUAUGUUUGAUGGAACCACAUUGGUCUUGUUGAAUGAUAUGUUUUCUCUUUAUAGUGUACAAUAUUUUGUGCAGUAGCCUUAGACCUGCUUCGCCCCCAUCUAUUGGGCAAGUUGGGAGGAAACCAGCCAUGUUCCCCACAGUAUCACAGAGAAAACUUUACAUUAUUAAAGAUGUUGUGUAUGAUGGGGACUAAUGCAACAUAUACCAACUCUAACAUUAAUCUAAAUGCCAUUUGAAUAGAUGGAGCCUGGGUACCAGUGGCACCCCCAGAAUUGUUUUUUCCUAGGGGUGGAAAUGAAAAUGAAGCCUAAAUGUGAAGCAUUAUUUACCCCACUUCCCAACAAGUUAGAAUGAAUGGUUGGUACCAACAGAUGUUUUAGGCUGUCUAAGAUACCACUACUGUCCCUAGUUUAAAAAAUAGGCGUGCCACAGCCCUGUAAAGACAGUAACGUCCGCCUUCUACUUCUUCUAAACUAUAUUCAGGGUGGUCAUGGCCACCCAUUGAGGGUGCCACUGGGGGUUACACAGUGAAGACAGAAGUUAUGCCUGAAGGGUUUGACUUAAAGCAUAAUUUAGGUUUAUUUCAACGUGGGUUGAAAACAUACCAACAGGUUAAUCAGAUAUAUUUAGAUGAUAAUGCUGUUUUUUUAGACAUUAGAUUCCACAGCCAUAAACUGAGCUAAGCUAGGCUAAGCUUUAUAUUCACCAUGCCUUUGUACUGCUAAACAAAAGGCAUCUAUAAGUGUCUGACUCUGGGUAAGAAGUCAAAAUAGUAAAGUUUUCCAUGAACCAAAGUAUUUAUUAAACAUGGAAAUAAGUUACUGAUGCUUCAAAGGAAAAACAAAUUACUUUAAAGCCAGUAGUCGUGUUUCUUUUCCCGCGAUCUUCUGAUAUUAAAAGGACAGGAAUGAGCCCAACAGUGAGCCACUGUGCUGCUUUUUGCCUCUUGUGUGUCCUCAGAUGUGCUGACUGCCAACUGAAGGGAUUGGAUCAGUGUCAGCCAGUGUUAGGUUGUGCCAAAUGCAUCCGCAGCAGCACAUAAAAUGUGGCUGGUUGCCUCUAGCUGAUCGCUGACUACACUGAAACGGACUGAGCGUGUACUGUACGGACAUGGCGGACCAUGCAUGAUUUUAGUUGGUCUGCGUUGUGUUUCAAGAAGGCUCAUUUUAGAGGUUGUUCUGAAUCUCUUCAUUGUACAUAAGUAUAUUUAUUUAUUUAUCUAUUUAUUUAAAUUAAUUUGUGUCUUAUUUACGUGAUUUAUUUAUUGAAGAGACAUUCUUCUGAGGAUUUUGUUUCAUGGAACUUGCUUCAAAUUUGGGCCUGAAUUAGCUUAUGCAUUGAUUGUUGUUGGGUUUUUUUUUAAUUAUAAUUAUGACUUUCUGACAUUUCAGACCCCGAAGUGAAAUAAUCUACUUAUUACACAUUUAACAUACUCUUUUAGACACCAGUGACAAUUAACAUCAUUAACACUGACUUAAAGUUUUUAAAUCUUCAUAAUGCGCAAGGGUAUAUUUUCCUCUGUGCAAAUGUGUGUCAACUUUGUAUUGCUGUCGGGUCCGUCACUAAGAAUAAGGGGGCAAACAGUGGUGAUAAGUUAUAUUUCCUGUCAUUGUCCUGAAUGUGGAAAUACAGAGUAUGAUAUACAUAAAAGCAUUUGAAGUCUGAGAUUGACCUCUGUCAUUGCUAAGCAAUGUUUACACUGUCUACUAACAUGACAAAGGGCAAGAUCUCGGAAGAUGAGGAUUUAUGGAAGCUCAUUUCUGACAAGACUCAUGAAAGAAAAACAAAUCCAUACAAGCGAGCUAGCUUUAGCACUAGCUCUGCACUCACUAGCUGUGGUUUGGGAGAGCUUAAGGGGGAACUUCAGUGUUUUUCAACCCGGACCCUAUUUUCCAAUGUUUUUCUCUCUAAGUGACUAAUGGGAACACCAAUUUUUAAAACUGGUCCAGCAGAGAAACAGGCUGUAAUGUAACCCCUCUGGGUGUUUGGCACUGUCAAUUAACGUCCACUAAAAGAGCGUGUUUUGCCACUGACAGGGCAAAGCCACCAGACUCCAUUAAAAUAAACAAUAUUUUUUUCAUUGUGAAACACACUUCAUUUUAAGUCAAGAGAAACAAAAUAAAACUCAUAAAAUCUGCCUUUUUUUGUCUUUCUGCUGUUUUUUAUGACUGUCUGACAACAUUAUGAAGAGACAGACCUUUUUUUCAAAGAGCAGUAUCCUUUUUCGUUGAACUAGAAACAGCCCCGAAAUCACAAUCUCCAAACAGCCCAGACCCCAUUGAAAUAAAUGUUAACUAAACCAUGUAUAGAAGCAGCAUAUUUUAACAUCUAACUGAAUGAACUGAUAAUAACAAUAGUAAUGAUAAUAAUAAUAAUAAUGAUAAUUUUACUUGUAUAGCACUUAUCUAAACAAAGUUACAAAGUGCUUCACAAAGUGCACAAAAAUAAGACAACAAUAACAAUACAGUAUUUUUUAAAAAUGUUAUGAGCUGAGAAACAUUGUGUAUACAGAGGCAAAAAUAGAGCGAAAGGAAAUAAAACACAAAAGUUACAAAUCAAAAGUGCAAAUCAGGCAUUACAAGGUAAAACUUGACGGCAAAAGCCCGGUCACCCUCAAUCUAGGGAUGACUUGCGAGGGUGUAUUUCAACCACACCAGCAUUGUUGAUUGUUGGAACAGUGGAAAGAUGAACUGAGACAAUUUUUGUGGAUAUUAUUUGUUUUUGUCAACUUUGAAUGAAGUCUGUUUCACAAUGAUUACAUUACUGUUUAUUUAAAUGGAGUCUGGUGACUUUGGCGACUGUAAUUUCAGGGCUGUUUCUGGUUAAACAAAAAUGAUCUUACUCUUAAACAAAAACUCCUGUAGGGAUCCUUUCUAUAAUGUUAUCAGACAUUCAUAAUGACACUCUCAGCCUAUUAGUGGUAUCACUUGGGGCACAAAUGCUUUGAAGUAAUUUCACCACUGCCGGCUGUGAUGGUUUCACUCAAUACUGAACCAGUUUAAGACAUUGUCAUCUCCAUUAGUCACUUAAGAACAAAACAUGGGAAAAUAGGGUCAAGGUUAAAAAAGACCAAUCAUACCCUUUAAAUGGGUUAUGGUGGCAUGACACAUACAAAGAAAACCUCAAGACAGCAAGCAUGCUGGUUUUGUUAUGACUGUAACUAUCCACUCUCGUGGAUACUCGUGUAUGAAUGCAACUUAUUCAGGAUUGAAGUCCAUCAAAUGGAAGCAACAUUAAGUCCUUACUACAGUUCCCACUGGGGCUACUUGCACAGUUACCGUACCAGACCUGGAACCAAGAGUCUUAUUAUCUGUCUUUUAGCCAACUCUUAAUUAUCAUUCAUUGGCAGUUAGCAGAAAGAUGACAAUUAUUUAUUGUCAAAAAACUGAACAAAUUCAUUAAGCAAACCUAACAGUCAUUUACUUUAUCUUCUGUUGGAUUUACAGUGCAGAACAGCAUGCGAAAUAUCCAUGUGCAAACAUCAAGUUGUUUUAAAUAUCGAUAUUACACAGUUGCAAAUAAUGAAUUGAGAAGUCUCUAAUUGGCCUCAGCUCUACUCUAUUACCCAAAAAACAGAUGUGUUCUGCACAAACAGCUGUGUUCCUGCUCUCUCAAACCCGGACUCACAACCUGAUUACUGACCUCUUUCAGUAGUUUUGCUUUAAAUGAGCUUCCAAAGGAUUCAAAUGUGAGUUUACAUAUCAUGAACUCUGACAUGCACAGUCAUGCAUUUCUCAGCUACAAACAACUAACAACAAACCUUUCUAAGGUCCAUUAUCUAAGGUCCAUUUUCUAAGGUAAAUAAUUCUGUUCACUUCUCUUGCUGUCUACAGUCUUUGGUCUACAUCUGUCACCAUUUUGUUACAACCCUUGUACAGCACAACUUUAAGUAAGCAGUAAAAUAAAUACUGACAGUUUACUGAUAA